ACGAAGGUUCUCCAGUGAGCGGCUUCGACUUCUAUUCUACUUUUUUUGUCUCCACAAAAAAAAACUGAGCUCAGUACUCAAUCUGACCCCUUUCUGUUAACUCCGAGAUUGCAGAGAAUCCCGCCCGUGUUUAAACCCUCCGACGAGCUCUCCGGCAGCCAUGUACGGCGGUGAUGAAGUGUCAGCUAUAGUGGUUGACUUGGGCUCCCACACUUGCAAGGCUGGUUACGCCGGCGAAGAUGCUCCCAAGGCCGUCUUCCCUUCCGUUGUUGGGGCGGUAGAUGGAACUGAGGCGAUGGAUGUGGAUGUUGAUUCAGCGAAGAACAACAACUCGAAUUCUGAGGAUUCGAAGACUAAUGAGUCUGAAAAAGAAAAGGGGAAACGUAAGCUGUAUGUGGGAUCUCAGGCCUUGAAUUACCGCCGGGAUCAUAUGGAGAUAUUGUCACCUAUCAAAGAUGGCAUAGUUUCUGAUUGGGAUUUGGUGGACAACAUUUGGGAACAUGCUUUCAGGGGUUGUCUGAUGAUUGAUCCCAAGGAGCACCCCAUGCUGCUAGCUGAGCCUCCUUUAAACACCCAACAGCAGAGAGAGAAGGCUGCAGAGCUGAUGUUUGAAAAGUACAAAGUUCCAGCAUUGUUUAUGGCUAAGAAUCCUGUUCUUACGUCUUUUGCGACUGGCCGUGCUACUUCACUGGUUGUGGACUGCGGUGGAGGAUCCACAACUAUAUCACCGGUGCAUGAGGGUUAUGUCCUUCAAAAGGCGGUUGUAUCAGCUCCAAUUGGAGGGGAAUUUCUCACUGACUGCUUACUGAAAAGCUUGGAGAGCAAAGGAAUCAAAAUGAGACCUAGAUACUCUUUCAAGAGAAAGGAAGUACGACCAGGGGAAUUCCAGGUUGAAGAUGUAGGUGUUCCUGACACCACAGAAAGCUACAAGCUCUUUUGUCAGAGAAUGAUAGUGGGUGAUAUCAAGGAUUCUAUUUGUCGCGUUCCUGAUACUCCUUAUGACGACAAAUCGUAUGCAAACAUCCCAACCACGUCGUACGAGCUUCCUGAUGGCCAGACGCUCGAGAUCGGUGCUGAUAGGUUCAAAAUUCCUGAUGUGAUGUUCAACCCGUCCAUAGUUCAGACAAUUCCUGGAAUGGAGAAGUACGGAGACAUGAUUCCCUCUGUUCGUGGGCUGCCACACAUGGUCAUGGAGAGCAUCAACAAAUGUGAUGUGGAUAUCCGGAGAGAGUUGUAUAGUAGCAUACUGCUUGCUGGUGGCACAUCAUCAAUGCAACAAUUGAAAGAACGUCUCGAAAAGGACUUGAUUGAAGAAUCUCCUCACUCGGCUCGAGUUAAAGUGUUGGCGAGCGGUAACACAACAGAAAGAAGAUUCAGUGUAUGGAUAGGAGGGAGUAUAUUGGCAUCACUGGGCUCAUUCCAACAGAUGUGGUUCUCCAAAUCUGAGUACGAGGAACAUGGCGCUUCAUACAUUCAGAGAAAGUGCCCUUAAAACAGCUUUUGAUUCUGUUGAACCUGAGAAGACAAAACUUAAAAAACUAUGCUAGUGUGUUACUUUCAUCGUUUAUCGUUGUUGUUCUUGCUAUUUUUCACUUUACCUUUAUUACGAGUUAGACAUUAACAAAUAUUUUAAGUACUACUAUCUAUGAAAAACUUUGCAUGUUACAACUUACAA